AUGGAGGCGGUGAAGCAAGGCAGCUGCGCGGUCGGCCUGACGAGCAAGUCGCAUGCAGUUCUCGCGACGCUCAAGCGCGCCCAGAACGAGCUGUCGUCCUAUCAGCGCAAGAUCUUCAAGAUUGACGAUCACAUGGGCAUCGCGAUAUCCGGGCUCACGGCCGACGGACGCGUGCUCUGCCGCUACAUGCGCAACGA